AUGGAAGAAAUACACGGGUUUACAGACAACCCCCGACGCACGAGACGGGACCGGGGAUGGAUAACAAGCGGAAACUCUGAUCCUGACAACUACGCCGAUCCUGGCAGCAACGCCGAUCCUGGCAGCAACGCCGAUCCUGGCAGCAACGCCGAUCCUGGCAGCAACGCCGAUCCUGGCAGCAACGCCGAUCCUGACAACAACGCUGAUCUUGACGACAACACCGAAAAGGGAAAUAAAAAGAUGUGGGAGACGCUUGGUGGUUGUUGA